CUCACAGCAAACUUAAGCUACCUUUCAAUGGAAACCCAAACAUGUUCUUCUAAAACCCUAAUGGCAGAUGAUCCAUCUCCUUCAGAAUCUUUUCUUCCUCGUGAGAAUCUUGAUGAGUUCCCUCAAGUUCCGCCUUUAAUGGAUGAUUCUUUAUCUGGGUCUUUAUCGGUUUCCCUAAUGACCGUUGAUUCCCUUGAUCCUGAAACCAUUAUGGACAAUAUCCUCGAAGAAGAAACCGUAGACGACCCUCGUUUGUCCAAGGCACCAUCUACUAAUGAUGUCUUUUCAUUAACUUCUCCACCCCCUUCGCCUUCUUCUACUGAGCCUGAGCCGUCUCAGCCUCUAGCUUUGGUCCUUCAUCAUUCUAAGAAACCCGAAACCUGUCAAGAAAAGGAAGAAGAAAAAGAUCCUUACGGAUGGCCUUAUAGUAAUUAUAAUUCUCCAUACCAUAUGAGACCUAUGGUGUGUGAUCAGUUCUAUAUUCGCAGAGACAACGAAUUCAAACACCCUGGUUCUGGAUAUUCUACAUGGACCCGUUGGUGGUCAAGGCCCUUGUCUCCUCCUAAAGAAACUUCUAGAACUGAAGAUGAACCAACGGGGGUGGGUGCAGGGCUGGAAAACUUGCGUAACACAUGUUUUAUCAAUGUUGUAUUGCAAUGUAUUACUCAUACUGUUCCAUUUGUUUUGGGUCUGCGAUCUUUGGAUCAUCACGAGAAGUCAUGUAAGCGUGAUAUUGAGAGUUUUUGUUUACUUUGUGCUCUUCAUGAUCACAUUGAGCUUUCAUUGAAUUCAUCAGGAGGAGUUGUGUGGCCUUUUAAAAUUUUUGACAAUUUGAAAUAUAUCUCAUCUUGUUUCCAGAGAUAUCAACAGGAAGAUGCUCAUGAGUUCCUGCAAUGCUUGUUAAUUAGGCUUGAAAGCUGUUGCUCAGACUCAAAGCUCAAGAAUGAUUUGUCCUCUCCAGAUGAUUGCCCAGUUAAGAGGGUUUUUGGUGGUCUUCUUGUUAGCAGACUAUGUUGUUGCAAUUGUGGUCAUAUCUCUUGCGCUUAUGAGCCUUUGAAUGACCUGAGUUUGGAGAUUGAAGAUGUGGACUCUCUUCCAAGUGCCUUAGAGUCUUUCACCAAGGUGGAAAAGAUUGAGGCUUUGGAGGCAAAAUUUAGGUGUGAGAAUUGUAAAGAAGAGGUGUCAGUAGAAAAACAGCUUAUGCUGGACCAGGUUCCUUCAGUUGCAACAUUCCACUUGAAGAGAUUUAAGACUCAAGGAACUUUUAUUGAGAAGAUUGACAAGCAUGUGGUCCUCCCACUAGAGUUGGAUUUGCAGCCUUACACUACUGUAAAUGAGACAAGUAAUGAGCAACUGAGGUAUCAACUAUAUGCAGUUGUGAAGCAUUGUGGAUUCAGACCUACUUCUGGACAUUACAUUUGCUACAUUCGAUCCUCUCCUGAGAUGUGGCAUAAGUUUAAUGAUUCAAGGGUUACUAGUGUUGAAGAAGAAGUUGUGCUUUCUGAGGAAGCCUACAUUUUAUUCUAUGCUCGGCAGGGUAUACCUUGGUUUUCAACUGCAAUAGAAGUACAAAAACCUUAUGCAGACCCCUGUAUUUCUGAUUCUUCACCAAAGUUUGUUCUAGAUAGCAUAGAAUGUGCCUCCAAUCCCCAGGUACAAAAUAGUGCUGAUUGUGGUGCCAAGGAAUCUAAAGAUGUUUCUGAUAAAACUUCCACUCAGUUCUCUUGCAAAACACAAUUUGAAGUUGAGGUUGAUGAACCAUGUGUUGCUGCCGAGGACAUUUUUGGAGCGCUUGCUAAUGAAUCAGAAUUUCACGUAUCAAAGUCCAUUGACAUCCGAGAUGAUAAUCCCAUGACUGAUGCUUCUAUAGCACCAGGGUCAAGCAAUCGUUCUGAUGAAUUUGAUAAAUAUAUAUCUACUUUGUCUUAUCUUGGGAAAAACAACCACAAGCAGGGUGUUUAUGAAACUACAAAUGAUAGUGGUUUCCCUUGGAUGCCAUCCAGAUCUCAAUUUCCCUAUAAGUGUCAGAGAGACACUUCAGGAUGUGGUCCACGUGCUCAUUUGAAAGACGAGAAGCGGAGCAUUUAUCGAAGAGCAGCCAACAUGCCACCUGCGAUGGAUCAAGGAGUAAUUGAAGCAAUGAGAUAUGCCAAAAGGAUGCCUACUGCACGAGGUGCAAAAAUUAUGGCUCUGCUGGCUCCACAAACUGCAAGUAAAAUGAAGAAAAGAUCAGGAUCAUCUCCUUGCAAAAGGGUCAGCCCUCGCAGGAUACACAACCAUAAUCUUAUGCGCCUGGUUCCUGUCUCACGCUGAACAGUUUUUGAGCCUUUUCGCUUAAUCCAAUUGGUCUGUUCUUGACCUUCACAGAGGCCAGAGCUAAGACAUGGCAUAUGUGAAGCUCGUAUUUUUCAUGCAGUGUAUUGUGAUGGUGAAAAGGGUUGAUCUUUUCCUGGUUUACUUUUACUUCUGGUCAGGGAAAAUGUAAAGUUCAGGAUGUUGAUUUCAAUUUUUAAAAUUUAAUUUCCUAACUC